ACUUUGUGUAUACAUGGACGUAUACAUUGUAUCCACAAUUUUGAUCCCAGGAUUUUCUGUUCCCAAAUCCUAGUCGCAGGCUCCUCAUUGAUUAACCUACCUUCAAGAUCACAAAGCUAGUAAAAUGUACGCCGCUGUGCCACCUCAUGGGGGUGUUAAGCCUCCAACGUCGUCCGUGGAGCUGUCGCUGAGCGCCAAGGAUCUUAAGGACCGUGAUAUCAUCUCGAAAUCCGAUCCUUUCGCCGUGCUCUUUGUGAAAAGUAGGUUCAUAACACACCAUACUACCAUUCUCAUCCUGAUCACGUUCCCUUUGUUCAGGCGGAUCUGGUUGGACCAAACUGGGCAAGACGGAGGCCAAGAAAGACGACCUGAACCCCUCAUGGACCAAGCUCUUCCUAGUCGAGUAUCACUUCGAGUCCGUUCAGCAUCUCAAGGUGGAGGUUUACGACCAGGACAGCUCGUCCCCCGAUAAGCUCAAGGAUCAGGACUUUAUCGGUGGAGCAGAAUUUACUUUGGGUCAAUUGAUGGGAGCGCCAGGCCAGAGUGGGUCUUUCCUGCUCACUCGAGGCAAAAGCACGUCCAAGCACCAGGGCUCCUUGCUGGUUAAGGCUGAGGAAGCUAAAGCUUCCAGUGAGGCGGUACGAUUCCGCUUCUCGGCCGCAUCCCUGGCCAAUAUGGACGGUAUGUUCAGCAAGAGUGACCCGUUCCUGGUCCUCAGUCGGUUGAGAGAGGAUGGUCAAUCCUGGACGCAAGUUCACAGAACGGAGACUAUCGACAACAAUUUGAAUCCGAACUGGAGAGUCUUUGAGCUGCCCAUGCAGCAACUGUGCAAUGGCGACCCCAAGCGGCCCCUAAGCCUUCAAGUUUUUGAUGAAGAUCGAGGUGGAAAAUCGGAUCUGAUUGGUCACGUGCAAACUACGUUCGAGGAGAUUCAGGGGAAGCGAGGUACCAACUUUGUUCUGCACAAUGAGGCACUUCAGAAGAAGAAGGGGAAAAAAUACACAAACGCUGGGCUGCUUGUGGUUACGGAGGUGGAGAUCUUCCGUGACCACACCUUCAUCGACUAUCUUCGUGGUGGUCUGGAGAUGAACUUGAUCAUUGGUAUCGACUAUACGGCAUCCAACGGUCCGCCUACCGACCCGCGCAGCCUUCACUUUAUCGAUCCACGAGGGCCAAAUCAGUACCAACACGCAAUUUCAGCAACGGUUUCGAUCCUGCAAGAGUACGACGCGGACAAACAGUUUCCCGUUUAUGGAUUCGGUGGCAUCCCACCGGGAGCGCAUGACGUAGAUCACUGCUUUCCCCUCAAUCUGAAUCCGUUGAAUCCCGAAGUUGCGGGUUUUCAAGGAGUGCUCCAGCUCUACACGGCUUCUCUAGGCCAUAUUCGCCUCCAUGGACCAACCUUCUUCGCUCCACUAAUUCACCAGUCGAUGCGGAUCGCGAAUCAGCUUAGCGAUCCCCGCAAGCAGAAGUACUUUGUUCUGCUCAUUAUCACUGACGGCGCAAUCAUGGACAUGCAGGGAACCAUUGACGCGCUGGUGGAGGCGUCCCACAAUUCUCCACUUUCAAUUGUGAUCAUUGGUGUGGGUCCCGCUGACUUCUCAUCCAUGGUCGCCCUGGAUGGAGAUGGAGGUAAGCUACGGGCCAGUAACGGGAGGGUAUCUGCACGUGAUAUCGUCCAAUUUGUCCCGUACAACCGCUUCGUGGGAUACCCAGAUGCUCUGACAAGGGAAACACUUGCAGAGAUCCCCCGUCAGCUGUGCCAGUACAUGAAAGUGCGUCGCGUGGCGCCUAACCCAGCGCUGCCACCAACGUAUCACCUAUUCUCCGAACCAACGGGAUCGCAGCCAGGUGCGCCACCAUCUACUUCCCAGCCUCCGGCUGCUGUGGAUAAUCCACCUCAAAACCUUGGGCAACCGCAGCAAGCUUCUCAGGGCCAAUUGCCACCGCAAGGCUACGCCCAAGGACCUCCCCAAGGAUAUCAGCAAGGAGGGUAUCAGCAGCCCGGCCACCCUGGCCAAGCUCCACCCCAUGGGUAUCAGCCAGGACAGUCUGGGCAACCCGGCCAAGCCCCACCCCAAGGACACCAACACGGCUAUCAACCACAACCAGGUUACCCCGGUCAAGCUCCUCCCCAUGGGUAUCAGCAAGGACAUCAGCCGCAACCAGGCUACCCGGCGCAGGGUCAACACCAAGGCUAUCAGCAAGGCUAUCAAGCUCAGCCCGGCUACUCCGGCCAGGGCCCACCACAAGGUUAUCCACAAGGCGGCUACCCACCGCAGACGGGAUACCCUCCACAAGGUCCACCCCGCGGAGCGGCUCCCGGUUACCCUGGCUACCGUGGCUGAUCGGAGAGCGACAAUUUGUACAAGAAGCCCCACUCAUGGUCCACCUUAUUUUUCAAGUUCAACAUGCUUGUGCUAUCGACGUCUUAGUGUUGCUUAAAGGAAUUGUUUUAACAAUUGUCUCUUGUAUCGCCAUGCCUCAGAUUUUGACGAAGACAAUUGGUCGUGCAGUUUCUUGAUUUCUUGUUGCAGGGACUGCAUAUUCUCUUCGUCCAUUCCUGCAUUACUGGUAGUAUCCGUUGAAGCGCCUCCGGAUGGUUUAAGUGUUCGUUGCCGCCACCGAUGAAAAUAUGAAGCAGUUCGCUUCACCUGUUAUCGAUUUAGUACAAGUGGCGUUAGACAUAAGUCAUCUCUACAAUACAACAGAUACAUACAUACCGUCGUCUGACGAAUAACUUGGCUAA